UUGUGUGUAUGAUUGAUGAAUAUGUAUCAAAAAAGGUGUUUAUGAAUUUUUGAUUUCGUAUAUACGGGGGCCGUACAUAUCAAACAAAAAACGAUAACCAGUUAUUUCAAGUUGUUUUUUUUUGAUAUAUAAUGAGCAAUAAACCACUAUUGUUGAACAAUAAUGAUGAUGAUGAUGAUAAGACAACAACAUCAACAGCAACAACAACAUUAUUAUGGUAUUUAAAUAGUCCAUCCACAUUGAAUCCAUCAUCAUUUGCAUCAUCAUCAUCAUUAUCGUCGUCAUCAUCAUCAACAUCAAAUGAUUUUACAUCAUUAUUAUUUGAAUUUAAUCAUACAUUUCAUCAUAAUCUUCAUAAUCAACAUCAUUAUCAUGAUUAUAUCGAAUGUCAAGAACAAUUUAUUGAUAUUGAAAAUUUUACAGAUCUCACUUUUCCAGGUGAAAGAAUCGAAAGUAAAGCAUUCGGUUUGGAUGAAUAUUUCAAGAUAACAAUUUAUAUAUUGGCUAUAAUAGCUUCAAUAUUUGGAAAUUCUGCUGUGGUCAUCAGUGUUCUUUCAAAACGAUCAUUACGUGUCACAGUUAAUUUAUAUUUAGCUAAUCUGGCUGUAGCUGAUAUACUAAUAUGUAUCUGUUGUAUGUGGGUACAUCUUGUCAAUCAUUUAACGGCACCAACAUAUGUACUUGGACCAUUUAUCUGUAAAAUCAAUUCAUUUGCACAAAUGACAUGUUUAACAUCAUCAGUAUUGUCAUUAUCUGCCAUUGCUUGUGAUCGUUAUAUGGCUAUUAUAUAUCCAUUACGUACACGUGUAACAAAACAACGAACCGGUAUUGUCAUCACUGUCAUUUGGAUUGUAUCAUUAAUUAUUUCAAUACCAUUCUAUUAUUCCCGUCGUUAUGAAACGGUUAAAUGGAUAGAUUAUACACAGACAACUUGUAUGGAAGAUUGGCCAUAUACAAUGACUUAUUCGGAAAAUGAUGGUGGUUGUGUAAAGAAACAUACGAUGAAAACAUUCUAUUAUACAUUAGUAACGACAACAUUAUUCUUUGCACCGGUAUUGAUUAUGAUAACCGCAUAUUCAGCUAUAAUUUGGAUAUUAUGGGGUAGCCGUUUACCUGGUGAAGCGAAUGAAAGUAAUUUACGACAUCAAAAAAAAUCCAAGAGAAAAGUAAUCAAAAUGGUUGUUGUCGUAUUAUUAGUAUUCGUUAUUUGUUGGCUACCAUUACAAAUAAUUGUAUUAUAUUCAAUUUAUUUUCAUUCAAGUAGUGAAACUCUUCCUAGCUGGUUUGGUAAUCUGAUAUUCUAUUCAUAUUUUAUUGCCUAUUCAAACAGUGUAUUCAAUCCGAUUAUAUAUGGUGGUUUUAAUCGUAAUUUUCGUGAUGCAUUAUAUAAGAAUGCAUUCUGUCAAAGUCUAUGGUGUUUCGGUACUCGUGAUAAUAAUAAUGUUAUUGGUGGUGGUGGUGGUGGUGGUUGUACGCGUUGGCAUCAUCCACAGAAAAAAAACGAAUGAUAACCAACCAUACAAUAACGUUUUUUUUCUCUCUCCGAUUUUUGAUAUAGCCCCAAGGAGAAAUGAAAAAAAAUAGUCUUUUACAUUUUUUUCCCAUUUAUUUAUGACCAAGACACAUAAAAAUAGAAAGAGAGUGGAUAAAAGAACCCAUGGGUGUUAGAGAUAAAAUAAUGUGACUUCCAAGUCAAAGAAAAAAAGAUAUACAGUGGGCACUCUACUACUUACGAACAACUUUGUUCCAGAAGAAUGUUCGUAAGUCCGAAUAUUGGUUAGUCGAGUAUCCACUGUGAACAGGAAAAAAAUCAUUUAGCCAGAAAAAAAUUUGUAAUAAAUGUCCUUUUCAAAAAAAUAAUACUAAUUGGUAAAUAUAGACAAAUAUCAAUGUCAAUCCCAAGAAAACAUAAUAACGAUCCAUUCACGUCUAUCGUUUUCGAUGUCUAAUAAUGUAUGACAUGACCAUGAUGAUGAUGAUGAUCAUUUUCAUUAGUGGAAAAAAAAUCAUAAAAGAUAUAACUAGCGAUUAUUGUUAUACUAUAGUUUCAC